UUACAAGUUGUAAUGGGUUUACGGAUGAACAGUUAAUAUGAUUGCACUGCAGCAUGUCAAUGACGUAAUGCCACGUAAAAAUCCAUUCUUCGUAAGCUCUGUCGUUUACCGGUUUGUCACUUUCAAGCUUCUGUGCCUAUUAUAAUCACGUACUUUUAUUACGCUUGCUUUAGACACUUUAGACUUUUGCGCAUAUUUUUCCUUGCGGAAAACUACGAAGUACAGAUGAGCAGAAUCUACUAUGACGUGUGUAUAUCAUCCGUGGUAGGCAACGGUAGGGAAAGCAUAGCCUACUACCCCUACUACGUAUGGUGUGGGAACGGUAUGGAAUAGGCGAGGUUGGGUACGUUGGGUAUGACGUUUUACACAUAGUAAUCAUGUUUGUCAUGUUCCUUUUGGUUAUAUUGGCUCAGUUGUACAGGCGAUGUGAUGGAAUGGCUUGUGAUGUGCCGUACCUGGUUCCAGUUUUCCCCAAUCAAUAAUGAUAUUACUACUGUAAACGAAUAGAAUUGUUUCGGUUAAAUUAUUUUUCUGUGAGUAGCAGCCGUAUAUUAAUAAUACUUGUGCUUUUUACAUACAUAAAAACUACAAGCUCUAGGAUGAAUGAACCGCAGAGAGAUCACAUUGUUAUGACUCCUAAAUGCAAGACAUCUUGCUCAACAACUCUUGCUAUUGAGAGAAGGGCUGUUCUACACGAAGUAGGAACCGACAAGACCAAAGUACAUGUUGCUGGUGGAGAUCAUCGUGGUAUUGUCAUCAAUAAAGAGGUAACACAAGAUGCAGAUAAUAACCCAGCACAGCUUUCACUGGAAUUCCGUGUAUUCCUCGUGUCUGCACAAACAGGCAAACAUACCCAGGAGAGUCGUACUCUCCAUUUCUGGUUUGUUUCUUCCACUUCUGAUGCAGAGAAUGCAACUGUAGCACAGGAAUUCUUCCGAGAAUUAGUGAGCCCACAGGAUUUCCCAAGGGAUUAUGUGGGGUUCAUUAAGAAGGUGAUGAAGCUGCUGCAGCAUGGCUUCUCGAGCAUCAGGAAGGUUGAGGUGACGCUUGCACAGCUGGAGGAGAGCCAUGCCCCACCUCCAACACGACCUUUGUCAGCAGAUGAGACUGCUUUGGGCCUGAUUGUGGAGCUGACUGAAGCAAAGUUGCUGGAGUUGAUCGAAUCAGCAUACCCAAACCCUGUAACUGUUGAGGAACUGGCAAUGCAGCAUGGCUGGAAUGCAGAUGCAGUCAGUGAGACACUAACCACUCUUCAAGAAAAGGGGCUGGUUCAGCCUCUGGAGCAUGGGGCAUUCACCCGCGCAGGACAGGCUGACUCUCAUGUACAGGUGGUGCGACAGAUGCCAACCAUGGCAAGCUCGAAACAGCCAACCAUAGCUGUCAUCACAGCACAGUACUGCGAGAAGCUAGCAGUCGAUUCCAUGCUAAGGAACAAAGAAACAUUUGUUCGCUACACAACUGUUGGUGCAUCACCUCAUCAGCAGCCGGAUUGUCCUCAACGCAGACAUCAUGUCAGAUUUGGUGAAUCAAAUGUGUACACACUGGGUAAUAUAGGAGCCCACCGUAUUGUGUGCACCAAACUGCCAAGUGUGGGUCACACAAGGGAGGCCAUGACAUCUGCAGGAAACACCACUACAAGGCUUCUUGGAACAUUCCAAAAGGUGGACUAUGUGUUCCUGGUUGGAGUUGGUGGUGGUGUCCCCCAUUACACUGACUACAGUAAGCAUGUUCGUCUUGGUGAUGUAGUAGCAUCACAUCCUAACAGCCCUAACAGUUCUGUCUACAUUUACUGUGAGAACGCAAUUUCAAAUUCAGAUGGAACUUACGAAUUUGAAACAAAGGAUUACAGUCCGCGGAAUCUUGGCCUACAAACGAUCGUUUCAAAAUUGAAAGCAGAAUCAGAAAGAGAAGGAGGCAGCUUCCCCUGGAAGAAGUACCUGGCUGAAGCAGUUGAAACAUUACAACUAGACACUAGUGAGACAGAUUUCUCGAAGCCUCCACCUGACUCUGACAAGCUUUACAUGGCUAUAGGACAGCAGGAUGUGAUAGAAGUGGCUCAUCCCUCACCCCUUCCAGGCAGUGAUGUCCCCACAACACACAGAGAUACUGGUUGUCCUGUUCUUCACCUGUCACCCAUAGCAUCAGGACGAGCCAUAUCAAGAGAUGAUCGACUGCGACAGAUGUUCUCUUCGAAAUGUGGUGCUUUGGCAUUUGACUCGGAAUUUGAUGCUGUCCUUGAUUCAGUACUGGGAAACUGUCGUGACAGUUUCUUGUGUCUUCGUGGUGUGGCAGAUUAUCGUGGUGAUGGUUCUCGCCGUUCAGAGUGGCAACCUUAUGCUGCCCUAGCUGCUGCUAGUGUCAUGAAAGCUGUCAUUUGUGCUAUGGAGCCUCCCCAAGACAACUGAAUGUCCUUUGAACCUCACUUCUGUCUGCUGGCAACUUUGCAGGUCUUGACCACUGACCCGGUUACCUGCUGUUGCAGUCCCAUUACUCAAAAUUGCUUAUUGCCUCAAUGGAAAAAGUUGUAAAAGUAAAGACAGAAAUAUGAGGGGAGAAAAUGAAGCUGAUUACUUUGUUCUUGAAAAUAGAAGAGUAAGCUGUGUGAGUGAACAUGGGUAUCACAUGUCCUGUUUGUUCAUAAGCAGCAGAAAAUUGUAUUCUGUGAUGAUCAGAAUUUGUAGCAGAAGUCGCAUUCUUGAAGUUACCUAAUUCUUGUCAUGGCGCCUAGGAGGACUUUUCAUAGUAUUCACUUUUACUUACAUAUGUACUGUAAGUAUUUGUGCUGUACUGCAGUCCCAAUUUUAAAAGUAGCUAUAUUGUACACAGGUUAUUUUCAUUCAUUUUAUUGGGUGAUAUAGUAUAUUAGUUGUAGUUCUGUCUGUGAAGGUAGGAAAUUGAAGAAUGAUACAUUGAACAUUUUUUUUUUGCACUGGUUAAGUCCAAAUAUUAGGCACUAUAGUAGAGGUAAUUCCAUGUGAGAUUGACAUGAGUUGCCAUGAAGAUAUCUGUUGGCUUGGUGUAAUUAUGAUUAUGUUACUUAUAACGGGUUGCAUCAGAUUAACCUGUACCGGCUGUAUGUUGCACCAUUGUAAAGGUGCAUGUAUUCCUGUUCAGCUGGCCUAGCAUUGCAGUUUUUCAGUACUGACAGCAUUAUCCAUGAGUUAAAAUAUGACUGCCAGCCCCAUAGUGCUGGGGAAAUUAACAUCCCUUUUUUCUGGAUGAUAUUAAUGGUGAUGAUGGAAUGGUGUCUGACUCUAAUAGAAUUAGUUGCUCAUAUAAAUUAAUCUUUACUGGUGCUACAGCCCUGUGUGGGUCUUGGCCUCCUCCAUAGUCCCCCUCCUUGGUUCUCUGGGGUGUUCAUAACAGUAAGUUUUUCCAGGGUGGGUCAUUAACACCACUCCCAACCUCCAGCUUGGAGGACCAGGGACUGCGCUUUG